AUGUUUCUAAAAAGAAAACUAGAGGAUUCAGAUGAGGAAAAUGAAGUAGAUGCGGAUGAAGAAGACGAGCAAGAAUUCGGUGAUGACAAAGAAUAUUAUUACAGAAAAAAUGAAGAUGAUGAUAUACAGCUUAUGACGAAAGAACAAAAUGAAAUAAUAUCAAAUCUAAAUAGUUUUCUUAAUGAAAUGACACGAUUAUUCUUGGCCAGAAUAGAAACUAGUAAACCUAAAAAAAUAGCCAAAGAAUUAAAAAAUUAUAUGAUUUUAAACAAUAUAAAUCAUACUGAGUUAUUUAAUGUUAUUUAUACUGAUUAUAUAAAUGAUUUAAAUAUAAAAAUCAUGUUAGGAUUUCUCUGCCAAUAUGGUAUAGGCGUAAAAAGAGAUGAAGAGAAGGCAUUUGACAUAUAUACAAAUUUAUUAUUGUUAAAUUGUAAAGAAAGUAAAAUUAUCUACUACUUGCUUGGAAUGUGUUAUCAAUAUGGAACUGAUAUAAAAAAGGAAUAUUGUGAGGCUUUUGAGUGUUAUUUAAAGUCAGCUGAAGAGAAAAAUAGUAAUGGACAAUAUAGACUUGGAUUUUGUUAUCAAUAUGGAAUUGGUACAAAAAAAAAUUAUAACAAGGCUUUCCAAUGGUAUUUAAAAUGUGCAGAAAAUCAAAAUAGUGUUGGUGAAUAUAAUAUUGGAUGUUGUUAUCAAUUUGGAAUUGGUAUACAACAAGAUUAUGAAGAGGCUUUUGAAUGGUAUUUAAAAUCAGCUAAUCAUGAAGAUAGUGAUGGUCAAUGUAAUGUUGGAUAUUGUUAUCAUUUUGGAAUUGGUAUAGAAAAGGAUGAAAAUAAGGCUUUUGAGUGGUAUUUAAAGUCAGCUGAAGAUGAAAAUAGUAAUGGACAUAAUCAACUUGGACAUUGUUAUCAAUAUGGGAUUGGUAAAGAAAAAAAUUAUAAUCAAGCUUUUCAAUGGUAUUUAAAAUCUGCAGAGAAUCAAAAUAGUGUUGGUCAAUACAAUGUUGGAUAUUGUUACCAUCAUGGAAUUGGCAUUCAACAAGAUCUUGACAGGGCUUUUCAAUGGUAUUCAAAAUCAGCUGAAAAUGGAAAUAGAAAUGGUCAAAAUCAACUUGGAUAUUGUUAUCAAGAUGGAAUUGGUACAGAAGAAGAUACCUACAUGGCUACAAAAUGGUUUAAAAAUGCUUCAAAUAACAAGCGAGAUAAUUGGAAUAUUUCUAUAGAAGAAAAUACAACUAUUGGUUCACAUAAGAUACCACUCCAACCACCCACAAUAAAAAGACCUAACAUAAAGAAUUUUAAUAUGGGAGAUUUUUUUAAUGAAAUAUUAGAAUUAUUUAUGACUAAGAUAGAAAUUAAUAAUCAUCAUCAUGUAACUAAAAUUUUGAUGAAUUAUAUAACCCAGAAUGAUGCAAACUCAAUUGAGUUAUUUGAUUAUAUGCAAGAUUGUGAUGAUGAUGUUAAUGUUAAUAAUAUAAAGCUUAUAUUGGGAUUUUUUUACCAAUGUGGAAUAGGUACCAAAAUAGAUGCAAAAAUAGCAUUUAAUAUAUAUCUGAAUUUAUCAAAUUAUGGUGUAAAAGAUAAAAUUGUUGGCUAUUUACUUGGAUAUUGUUAUCAUCAUGGAAUUGGAAUACAACAAGAUCUUAAUCAGGCCUUUCAAUGGUACUUAAUAUCAGCUGAAAAUGGAAAUAGCAAUGCUCAACGCAAUGUUGGAUGUUGUUAUCAUUAUGAAAUUGAUGAAAUCAGGGAUUAUAAUAAGGCUUUUGAAUGGUAUUUGAAAUCAGCUGAAAAUGGAAAUGGAGGUGCCCAAUUCAUUGUUGGGUUUUGUUAUCAUUAUGUAAUUGGUGUAGAAAAAAAUUAUGGUAAGGCAUUUGAAUGGUAUUUAAAAUCCGCAGAAAAAGGAAAUAGUAAUGGUCAAUAUAGUGUUGGAUAUUGUUACCAUUAUGGAAUUGGUACAAAAAAAAAUUAUAAUAAAGCUUUUCAGUGGUAUCUAAUGUCAGCUGAAAACAUGAAUAGUAAUGGUCAAAAUAGUGUUGGAUAUUGUUAUGAAAAUAAAAUUGGCACAGAAAGAGAUGUUGAUAAAGCUACUAAAUGGUAUAAAAUGGCUUCAAGGCAUGGGCAUUCAAAUUCAAAUAUUGAAAUAGUACAAUUGGAAUACCUGCUACCAGAACCACUUUUUAGAACAAGUGGAUAUUCUUGGGAUUAUCAAAAAUCAAAUGAAUUGAGGGAACUGUUAAGAACAACCAUAACUGAAUACUACAAAAAUUACACAAAACAGCAACUGGAUAAAAGCACCACACCACUAUUUUUUAUGAUUGCUGGUGCAGGAGAAGGAAAAUCUAGGAAUGCAAAUGAGUUACCAAAUAUAUUGCAUGAAGAGUUUGCUUCCCAUGAAGAACUGAAAAAACGAUUUGAAAAUGCAUUAGUAUUUAACAUCUCUUUUGAAAAUGGCACUAAAAUAGACCUAUUAGAAGAAUGUAAUGCUGUAACUGCCAUUGCAAAACGAAUGCUUUUUCAGCUAGAAAAACAUAAAGGUGGCUGGAUGGAAGCACUUCGAAAAUAUCCAGAUGUAUCACCAGAUGAAGUAGUGUCAAAGAUUGCUAAACAUCAAAAUGUCCAACCUAAGGAUUUGACCAUCAUUAUUGUGAUUGAUGGGAUGCAAGCAGCAAUUCACCAGGAAGAUAAUGGAGUAAAUAAAUCAUCACUAUUCUAUUCAUGUAUGACAGUUUUGAAUAACUUUGCUGCAUCAGGACCAUUUGUGAUAGGAUGUUCCACAGCAACACUUAGCAGACCUUUUCAUGUUUUUGUGAGUGCUUCACAUCAAAAGCGAGUGUUUUUACCAAUACCAUCUUUAUCACCACCAAAAAGACAAUGA